AUGGCAGAAAGCAGUUAUAGGGAUACACAAUUAUUCAAACCCAAUGGUGUGAAUAUCUUUGACAGCAAUCUUGGUAUGAACAACAAAUUAAGUGAGAAUAUAAGUGCAGAAGAAUUAUUUCAGUCAAAAAAUAUAUACCGAGAUGUAAAAUCGAAGGUUAUUCCUGGUCCUAUAAAAACAACUACAGUUGAGAAAGUAACAAAAAUACCUAAGAUAAUAUUUCGUGAAAGACAAAAAGAUAUAGUAAAGAAAGAAAAAAAAAUUAUUCAUAAAGAAGUUGAGAUAGAAAAAAUUGUUGAAGUUAUUGAAAAUAAGGAUGAAAUUGUAUAUAAUGAAGUGAAAGUACCAAAAUAUAUAGAUGUUCCUAUACUUCAACCAAGACAAGAAGUUCAUUAUCAACAGAUAUCAAAGAAUGUUCCACGAGGAGUAGAAUUAGUUAUUACACAAACUUUAGAAGUACCUAGAAUUAAACCUAAAUAUGUAGAAAUACCUGUACCUAUAUAUGUACCUUGUUAUAUUGAAGUACCAAUACCUGCACAAUAUAUUCCUAUUGAACAAAAUGAUGAUAAGGAACAUUUUACAUCUGGUAUAUCAAAUGCAUCUAAACUUUCUAAACAUCCACAUAUGCAAAACAAUUCUAUGGAAUUCCCACAUCAUUAUAAUAACCCUUAUGUGAUGAAUCCUAAUUUAAAUAUGAACGAUGACAAAUCUGUAUGUGCUAGUUCUAAAGCUUCCAUACAAAAUAUUUCUUCUGAACAAAAAAAUGUAGAAAAAAUGGUCAUUGCUGGGAAUUUAUAA